AUGGUGGCGGGCGAAGCUGGCACGCGGGCGCUUUCGGCGAUGAGGACUGUCGUCCAGUGGAUGGCGCUGCUGCUGCUGCUGCAGUACGUAGGCAGCCACCCCUCCUUCACCGCAGCGGGAGAGGACGAACACGUGAGGGUUAAAAUCAAGAAAUACUUCAGCUUUCCUCAUUCGGAGUUUAUUAUAUAUGACAGUCAGGUGACUUACGACCUUUCUUUGAGAAUCUGUAUCCUAGGCGGGGGACUGCUCACUGCGGAUCAAACACCUGCUGCGCACGAGUCCAUCACGGAUUACAUGAGACAGGUGGGAGACGUUGCCAAUGGGGAGGUAUUCACGUACAUGGGAGGUGACACCAUCUACAGCGUACAUCGGGAGAAAGACCCCGACAAGAUAUGCCGUCCAGGAGUUGCUGAGGCAUCGUUGAACUGUAUCUUUGAGUGGAACCUGGGCGAGUUUGAGCACCCAGAGGAGACCUAUCGUGGUGCUCAGUUUUUCAGAGGUUCACUGCACUCCCUCACUGGCGCAGGCCGAAUGAACGGGUAUGAGUCUUACUGGGAACAUCAUUACCCUGCACACGGUGAAAUGUUUUUAAUAUCUCACUUGGAUUUGAGGAAAAAUACGACGGCAACGUGGUAUGACGGGUCAGACUAUGCU